AUAAACUUUUAGUAUUUCAAAAAAAUUUGUUCUUUUUUUGGGGGGAGAGAUGAAGAGAUGUGAGUAUUCAAGUUGGAUUCACCGGUUCCAGGAACAGUGGUUGAUAUUAUUAUAAUUGCAGUGUCAUAGUCAUCCUUUUGUAGCCCCAUUUAUUACCCUUGUCUUUUGCUUUCCAUUUGUUUUCUCACCAAAAUGCUCUUUGCCUCCCUUUUCUCCCAUCUUCCUCACCUUUUGCCACUGUGUCUGCAGGCCUCUCUCUCUGUCCUGCAACUAGGGUUUCCCCUUUAAAAACUCUCACAUUCAAUAAUAAGACCUAAGGAAUUUUCAUCUUUCUGUGGCUGCAUAGUCUUUUUCAUUGGGACAAACAAUCAAGGGACAGAGAUCUUGAAAGAGCCUACUCAAGGGGAAUAGAGGUAGUAUUCUUUUUUCCCCUCCUGAUUAAACAGCCUAGUAAUAAAUAGAGAAUUAGAUGGCUUCCUCCAGCUAUUCCAAUUCUCCAUGUGCUGCCUGUAAGUUCUUGAGGAGAAAAUGCAUGCCAGAUUGUAUUUUUGCACCAUAUUUUCCGCCUGAAGAGCCGCAGAAAUUUGCCAAUGUCCACAAGAUAUUUGGUGCAAGCAACGUCAGCAAGCUGCUUAAUGAGGUGCCACCACAUCAGAGGGAAGAUGCAGUGAACUCUCUUGCCUAUGAAGCUGAGGCACGGAUGAAAGAUCCUGUUUAUGGCUGUGUUGGAGCCAUUUCGGUCCUCCAAAGACAGGUGAUGAGACUCCAAAGGGAAUUGGAUGCUACUAACGCUGAUCUAAUUCGCUUCGCCUGCAAUGAAAUGCCACCAGCCUCGAUAUCCCAGUAUGGAAGAAGAACAGGCCAUCAUGGCAGUGCUGCAGGAGCUGCUUCUUUCAACCAAAAUUCUGGUUAUUACUAUCCCUCUCAGUGGAACAGUGAUGACCCUUGUGGCGACAAUGAGAGAUCAUCAGGAGGUGGAAGCAUGUGAGCCUGUAUCAUGUAAUAAAGCUAGGCAUAAAUUUUAAGCAUUGUAGAAUGUAAGUUUGUAGCAUUGUAUGCAUGUGCAAAAUUAUUACUUGGUGGGAUUGGGAGGUACACCCAUUUUAGCUCUAGGGUUUCUAGCUAGUUGUGGGAAUCUGAUAAGGGACUAUGUGUCAUAUCAUGCUAUUUUAUGGUAUGCCAUUUAUUACCCUGAUGAAAUGUUAGUGUUUUCUUAAUUAUUUUACCUAA